GAGACUCUGACUCUGACCAGUGCCCGGCCCUAAGGAAGCCCUCCCCCGGGGGGUGGGGGGUGCUGCACCUUGCUCCCAGCAGCAGGCCUCCAGUCCGCACAGCAGCCUCAGUGAGCCAGAUGGGCCUGCCCAGCAGAACAGCCUCCCUCCAGACGGCCCCAGCCUGCCUGCCUUUGGCCCUGGUGUGAACUGGCAGAAGUGUUGGUUAGCCGGUUGAAUAAGGAACUGGAACGAAGGUCCUCCUGAGCUCAGAGCUGUGGAGACAGUGGGCCUUCUGGAAGUAAACAAGUGGCCACAGACUCUUGGUAACGCGCCUUUCAGAAGAAGAGCUGGCCACCAUUCCCGGAGAUUGGAUGUGCUUACCGAAAACAUGGUUUGAAUUUCCUGCUCUGAAUUCUGGAACAGCAGACUCUCGCGCCCAGCUGCCAGCUCCUCGAAACCCGAAGGUUCACCUGUACAAUGCUGAGCAGGUUCUGAGUUGGGAGCCGGGGUCGCUGAGCAAUGACACAAGGCCGGUGGUCUACCAGGUGCAGUUCAAAUACCCCUCUGACAGUAGGUGGUACGACACCAGGGACAUAGGCGUGGACUGUAUGAACGUCACCACGACGGAGUGUAACUUCACCCCAACUAGCCUGUCAAAUGGUUUCCCACCACAUUUCAACGUCUCUUUACGUGUCCGAGCUAAGUUGGAGGACCUGGUUUCCCCAUGGCUGUCAGUGCCUUGGUUCCUGUACUAUUGGAAUGUUACCGUUGGACCUCCUGAGAACGUCUGGGUGACCCCGGGAGAAGGCUCCCUGAUCAUCAGAUUCUCCUCUCCCUUCGACAUCCCUGCCUCCCUGGCCACUUUUGUGUACUAUGUCCAUUACUGGGAAAAGGCAGGAAUCCAAAAGGUUAAAGGUCCCUUCAGGAGCAACUCCAUUGUGCUGAAUGACUUGAAACCCUUAAGAGAAUACUGUUUACAAGUGAAGGCGCAUCUGGUUUGGACAUACUACAACAACAUCUCUAGACCCGGACAUUUAAGCAACAUAUCUUGCUACGAAACAACAAUGGAUGCCACUACUAAGCUUCAACAAGUCAUUAUCAUUGCCGUGGGUAUCUUUCUGUUGCUGUCGGCGCUGGCGGGGGCCUGUUUCUUCCUGGUCCUGAAAUACAAAGGCCUGAUAAAAUACUGGUUUCACUCUCCGCCAAGCAUCCCGUCACAAAUCGAAGAGUAUUUAAAGGACCCGAGCCAGCCUAUCUUAGAGGCCCUGGACAAGGACACGUCGCCAACGGAUGAUGCCUGGGACUCUGUGUCCAUCAUUUCGUUUCCAGAUAAGGAGCAAGAAGACGUUCCCCAAAGCACUUUGACCCAAGACUCUGGUCCGGUCUGCCAGCCUGUGGGACAAGAGCUCUGAGCCGAGGAGGCUGCUGAUGGCCCUGGCAGGACUCUCUGGAGCCCAGUAUUCUGUAUUCCUGUCCCCAAAAGGCCCGUCAGUGCCUGGGAAGACGUAACGGGUCUCAUGGGGGCAACAAGCCUCAUUUUUUUUAAGAGUUUUCUAAUCAUACACGUUUCCAGAAUGAUUCUACAGAGAUCGCCCCGAAAGAUUAAGAUUUCUCUUAAACACUAAAAAGACGUGUAACGAUUUGUUAGCAAAGCAGCUCUGGCAUGCCUCUGAUGCUUUGUUAGUCGGCAGCCAGGACCCGGGGUCCCCUCCUUGAGGCAGCCCCGCGGGCAGAUCACGUCACCUGUCCCAGCCUGUCCCAAGAAGGGACAUUAAGUGGCCCUUCUUCAUAUCCAGUCACCCGACUUAAAAUGUGAUUCUUCCUGUAAAUAGUUUCCUAGUGAUUUAAGCCUUUUUUUUUAAGCUAGUAAUAAAAGACUGUGUAAUUAACUUUAAAAAAAAA